AUGGCCUCCGCCACCGGAAUCCCCGAGCAGCAUCUCAGCUCCGCCAACAACGGCCACGGUGAGCAGGAACCGCUGCUCGGCCGUCCUGGCGAUGCCUCGCAAAAGGAGGGCAAAUCGCUGGCCUGGAAUCUGAUCCUCGGCACCGGCAUCAUCGCGCAAGCCGGCAUCUGGAUCCUCACUGCCAUUGUAUGGGCCGGCAUUCUGUCCCACGACUUGAUACUCUUCUCUGCUCAUCCGCUGCUCAACUCUGCUGGGGUGUUGCUCAUCACCCAAGCCGCCCUCAUCUUGCAACCCACACACACGCCUGACCAGAAGCGCCAAGGCACCUACGUCCAUUCCGUCCUGAACCACGUUGGCGUUCUCGCAUUGCUCUCUGGUCUCGUCGUCAUUGAGGUGAACAAGGAGCGCGGUGGCCUGGAUCAUCUGGAGUCUCCACAUGCCAUCCUCGGUAUCAUCACCUACGUCUUCCUGGUGCUGCAGGUCAUCGUCGGCUUCACUCAGUUCUUCACACCUGGAGUCUACCGGGGCGUCGACAGGGCGAAGAAGAUCUACAAGUACCACCGAUUCUUCGGCUAUGUGACAUUCGUGCUCGCACUCGUGACCAUUGCAGCUGCGACCCGGACCACCUUCAACGUCAACGUCUUGCACAUCCAACUCUGGGCUGUCAUCGUUGCAUCUCUCAUCACUCUUGCCGGCAUUAUUCCGAGGAUCAAGAGACAGAAACUCGGCGUGUAG